AUGCUGGUGGUGGACCGGAGCAUCCUGCACUCGGAAUUCGAGCUGAUGGAGAUCAGCGCCGAUUUAAUCCGCGCCCAAAGGCAACUCGGCAGCUCGUCCAGCAUUCUCGAUUCCAGCGAAGCUUCGAAGGGCAUUUCGCCCACGUCUUUGGGGGUGCCGCCGCCUACCUACGAAGACGUUUUUCCGGAUUUUCCGCCCUCGUACAGCGAAAUAAGCCUGAUGCAGAAAGAUGCGAGUUUGGAUAAACGCGGAACGUGUGAUAAUGACGAUAGUUUUUUGAACAGUGAUAGUGGUAACGGGGAAAUGUCGAACUGUGUACAACGGGACUCUUAG